AUGCCGCUCAUCCGUUCCGCCAGUGUUAACUUGCUAGUGGAAAUAGUUCUCCGAAUAGGUUUUUUGUCAGCUUUUUGUUACAUGGAGUCAAUGCCGCCAUUCAUUAGAGUAAUUCAGCCAUCAGAACUCCAUGACAGCUGUAAGUUCCCUCGUCACGACUCCUAUGUACCCACAAGCACUCUGUGGAGUAUUGUGUUAUCUGUGCCAUGUAUACUUUCGUUAUUGGCUUGGGCCUUUUGCAGUGACUGUAACGAUGCAUUAGAGUUUCUUCUGGCAUGGUCACUGUCCCUGGGAAUCACAGGCGUCCUGACAGACACCGCAAAGCUUAUUGUAGGUCGACCACGCCCAGAUUUCUUCUACCGAUGCUACCCCGAUGGAUUAGAAUCUCCAAAUCUUGAAUGUACAGGAGAUCCAGCUGAUAUUAUGGAAGGAAGGAAGUCAUUUCCUAGCGGGCACAGUAGUUUGUCGUUCUGCUCUCUGGGUAUAGCGUCUUUAUGGCUCUGUGGCCGUUUGGGAGUGUUGUCCCGUGGCAGAGGGUCGGGGGUUCGGGUCUCUGUGACGUUAGCACCUUUGGUACUCGCAUCUUGUAUCGCGUUGUCGCGGACGUGCGAUUAUCACCAUCAUUGGCAAGAUGUACUAGUCGGAUCAAUACUUGGUCUGUCAGUAUCGACAUUUUGUUAUCGGCAAUACUACAACCCCCUCAGUUCGGACAACGCGGGCGUUCCAUACAUUGUUUCGACGUCAAAUGUCAAAUAUUUUAACGGUAAACCGGACAUAAGUCCGGUGAAGGAGAAGGAGGAAACGUCGCCGUUGCUGAAGAAGGAAGAUAAAUGGAUUUAA